AUGUCUUUAUCCUUCGGUGCCCUCGCGGGGCUCGUGUUAGCCGCAGUAUCGGUGGACGCGCAGGCAACGCUGGUGGUCGAUCCCAUCACAUUUGUCGACCCCCUGAUCGGCUCCGCCAACGGGGGUAAUGUCUUCGCCGGCGCCUGCGUGCCCUACGGCAUGGCCAAGCCCGUUGCCGACACCAACUCGAGUUCCAACCAGGGCGGGUUCGCUCAAGACUCGGGCGCCUUCGUGACGGGCUUCAGCUCCAUGCACGACUCCGGUACCGGCGUCAGCCCCUCGCUCGGCAACUUUGCCAUGUUCCCCUACGCCGGCUGCCCAGACGGCGACGUCAACCGCUGCGCCUUCCCCAAGAAGAGCCGCGUCGACUUUGGCGCCUUCGAGAGCAAGUCGGUCAGCGCGCUGCCAGGGUACUUUGGCCUCCAGUUGGCCAGCGGCAUCAAGUUCCCCGCCACGACCAUCGAUGGGAAGCCGUCGCAGCCACUGAUCCUACAGGAUCUGACCGAUCUUUCCGACUCGCGCCAGGAUAACGGCACUGUCACCAUGGACGGGUCCAGCGGGCGCAUCACGGGGAGCGUGAGAUUUAACCCCAGCUUUGGCGUGGGGAACUACGUUCUACACUUUUGUACCGACUUCAGGGGCGCCGACAUGCUGGGCAACGGCAUCUGGGCCAACAGCAGGGCCAACGCGACCGUCAAGACACUCACCAUCUCGCGCAGCAUCAACGGCUUCCCCUUGCCGGGCGGGGCGUUUGUCCGCUUCAAGUCGGCGGACAAGCCGAUCCUGGCACGCACCGCAAACAGCUUCAUCAGCGUCGACCAGGCGUGCGGCAACGCCGAGCGUGAGAUACCGGACUUUGACUUUGCCAAGGCCCAGGACGCGGCGACGGCGGCGUGGCGCGAGAAGCUGGCGCCAAUCAAGAUCGAUGCCACUGGGGUAGACCAGUCGCUCGUCAAGACCUUCUACAGCGGCAUCUACCGCACCAUGAUCAACCCGCAAAACUACACGGGCGAGAACCCCCUCUGGGCGAGCGGGGAGCCGUACUUUGACUCCUUCUAUUGUCUCUGGGACUCGUUCCGCUCGCAGAUCCCGUUCCUCGUCAUUUUGGACCCGUCCGCCGUCGCGCAGAUGGUGCGGUCACUGAUCGACACGUACUCCAACCUCGGCUGGCUGCCCGACUGCCGCAUGAGCCUAUGCAAGGGCUUCACCCAGGGCGGGUCUAACGCCGACAACGUCCUGGCCGACGCAUAUAUGAAGGGCACCGCCGAGGGCAUUGACUGGAACAAGGGAUAUGAGGCCGUGGUCAAGGACGCCGAGGUCGAGCCAUUCGACUGGUCCGUCAACGGCCGCGGCGGGCUGAACAGCUGGAAGGCGCUGGGCUACAUCCCCGUGCAGGACUUUGACUACAAGGGCUUCGGGACCAUGACCCGCACCAUCUCGCGCACGCUCGAGUACAGCUACAACGACUUUUGCAUCUCGCAGAUGGCCGGCAAGCUUGGCAAGCAAGCGGACAGGGAGAAGUAUACGGCCUCGAGCGGCAACUGGGCCAACCUAUUCAAGGCGGGCCAGGCCUCGAACUUCUUCAACGGCACCAGCCUCGACGCCAACCCGGCCUGCUCGCUGCAGGUGACGGGCAGGGAGACGUUCGAGAGCAGCCUGUGGGAGUACGGCUACUUUGUGCCGCACGACCGGGCCAGGCUCAUGACGCUGUACGGCGGGCCCGAGAACGAUGCCCGCCGGCUCGACUACAUGCACGACCAGAGGAUCUCGGGCAUCGGCAACGAGCCCUCCUUCCUGACCGUGUUUCAGUACCACUACGCCGGCCGGCCGGCGCUGUCGGCCAAGCGCUCGCACUACUACACGCCCGGCUCGUUCGGCGCCGCGCCCGACGGCCUGCCGGGCAACGACGACGGCGGCGCCAUGGGCUCAUUCGUGGCCUUUUCGAUGCUGGGGCUAUUCCCGAACCCGGGCCAGGACGUCUACUUCAUCACGCCGCCCUUCUUCCCCGCCGCCAACGUGACGAGCCCCGCGACGGGCAAGGUGGCGAGGAUCAGGACGGUCAACUUUGACGCGGCCUACAAGAACAUCCUUAUCCAAAGCGCGACGCUGGAUGGGCGGUUGUAUACGAAAAACUGGCUCGACCACAGCUUUUUUGCCGAUGGCAAGGAGCUGGUUCUGACGCUGGGCCCGACGGAGAGCGGCUGGGGCACCAGGGUCGAGGACGUGCCGCCGAGUUUGAGUCUGUACCCUGGGCUUAAUAGCAGCGUCUGGGGGACCGUUUAG